AUGGGCGAUAUUGCAGAACAAGAAAGAAUAGAAAGACGUCGAGCAAGAAGACAACAAAAGAUUUUAGCUUCUGCAGAAAGCAGGCUAAGUAAAAUCACGGGUAGCCAAGCUGCAUUGCGAGAAACACCAUCACCAACUCCCUCUCCAUCGACAUCCACUCUCAACUCUCUUAGUCACGAAAAAAACACCAUUGCAGAGCAUUAUCCCUCGCCUUCUGAUCCACGUCGCCAAAAAUACGAAGAGCGAUUGACACCAUCGCCCUCCACAUCCUCCAUCAAAAGACAGCAACUCCAUCGACCUGCCGUCCAACGAGCCAUUGAAGAAGAGCAAGCCAACGCAUUGAAUGAGAAUGGAUUUCUCGGUGGAAAAAUUCCUCAGCUCUUGCUAGCCAACAUGUUGCGCAAAACAAGUCCUACACCAAAGAGAUCAUCACAUCCAGCCAACAAGUAUUGGAAUUUGUUGCAUUUUAUAUCGAUGGUGUGGUUGGGCAUGUUGGCGAUUUACGAGGAAGGAAGGGCUCAUGGGCUGAAUCAAGUGCCAAAGUUGAUACAGAAUCCAGUAGAGGAUACAACAGAUACAAUCCAUUUUCCUGUCUUUUGGUACUUUGUGGUGCUUGAAAUGACCUUGCAAUUUGGAAGAAAUGUAUAUCAUCCCCAUCUCAAAACCCCGGAAGAGACCUCAUUUCUCAACGUCGCAAGUCAAUUACCACCGCAAUUGCAACACCCAGCCUACUUGAUUCAGAAAUACGGUGUCAUGGCAAACCGAAUUUUUAGAGAUUUAUGUAUUGUAAUUUUUAUCAUUGGAUUUACAUCCUUGUGUUUGAGUAUAUGUGUAUAG